AACCUAUUCCCAUACUCCAACCUGAUCAAACCUGAUAGCAAAAUAGACAACAUUGCAGAACCUACAAGACCCACUUGUAGAAACUGUGAUGGAGGUAACUGUAGCAAGAAUAUAUUGGAAGACAUCAUGCAAGAGAAAAUACUGACAUCAGGAUACUUUGGAUUCUUCAAACGACCUGGAAAAUGUAGCCACGGAGGUUUAUUUGACAUUUCAAGUCAGUUUACACCCAAAGGUGGAAUCAAUAAAGAUACACGAUCAUCUGAGCAUGGUUACCUUCAUGACAAUGCUGCGACAGUGGCCAUCGCUGCGACCAGAGAACUCUUAGAAGACAUUAGAGGUUAUUUGGGAGACUCUAACUUUUUGAGAUUGAUGGGAUUCUCUCAGAAUUCAGUACUGUGCUUUGCAAUUGAUACCACAGGCAGCAUGGGAGAUGACAUUGAUGAAGUACGACGAGUCACUUCUGAAAUCACCGACAAGAUGAGAGACACUGUAUCAGAGUACAUUCUGGUGCCAUUUAAUGAUCCUGACUUUGGACCACUAAUAAGAACAACAGAUCCGGAUGAGUUCAAAUUACAAAUUCAUGCCCUUCAACCACAUGAUGGAGGAGACACACCAGAGCUCAGCCUCUCAGGACUCACGCUGGCUCUGACUGGUUCACCUCCCCAGACUAAGAUAUUUGUUUUCACGGAUGCUGAUGCAAAGGACAAAGAGUUAAAAAACACUGUGUUGGCACUGAUUGAAAGCACAAAGUCCGUGGUGAACUUUAUGUUGACUAAUAGUCUUGCUGCUCGCCGAAGAAGGAGCGAUGAUCCGAAUCAAGGACAGAAUCAGCGUUACUCCACCAGGAUCUCCAAUCCCUUAAAUCAGGUCUAUGUGGAUUUAGCUCUGGCCUCUGGAGGACUGGCGAUUGAAGUCACCAAAGCAACACUUCCUCUAGCCACCAACAUUAUAGCGGAUGCCUCCACAUCUGCUCUAGUAACUGUUUUCCAAACUGUAAGGAACCCAGGAAAAGCAGAAACCUUCUCUUUCAUUGUGGACUCCUCAAUGAAAAAUAUGACAAUCUAUAUUACAGGCAAUUCUCUAGCAUUCAACAUCACAAGCCCAUUAGGGGAUUCUCAGACCAAUGAAGAAUUAAGUGGAAAACUGGGGUUGGUUGAGCAUGUGGGCAACUUUUACACAGUUCGUCUGUCUAUCCUUGAUCCAGUGGGCCUUUGGAACAUUAACAUUAGCUCAUUACAGGCCUACACCAUCAAAGUCCUUGGUCAAAGUGACAUUGACUUCCUGUUCAACUUUGUGGAGCUAAGCGAAGGUGCUCAUUCAGGCUACAGUGAAUUAAGCAGCAGACCCCCAGCAAACAGUAAUAUCACACUACUGCUUACCGUCAUGGGUGGAGACACUGUUACCCCCACAGAGGUGGCUCUCGUGGAAGCAUCAGGAUCCCAGACUAUUAUUGGAACCCUAGAAAAGGUUGCAGAUGGGGAUUUCUUAGUCACAAUGAACAGGGUCCCAGCAGGAGGAUUUGUUGUCCGUGUGAUGGGAGAGAGGAAUUCUUUACGUUCAUCAAAUGGUCGCUUUCAGAGACAGUCCAUCACUCAACACAGGACUUCCAGUGUGAUUAUUACUGCUUUGACAGAUGAUGUAUGGGAGCCUGGGAAGACAUUGAGCAUCCCUUUUACAGUGGUGUACAAUGGAUCUGAUGAGCUCUUCAACAUUAAUGCUAGGAAUGACCGUGGGUUUGCCACAGUAUUUCCCAGCACCAUGACUGCUGGAAGUGGAAGCAGUGGAACUAGCACAAUAAAUCUCACUGCACCCUCAGACACUCCUUCAGGCACUGAAGUGACUCUCACCAUUGAGGCCGAAACAUCAGGCAAAAGUGAUUUCAACUAUGCUGUGCUUAAGCUUACAGUCGUUUCUCCGAUUACGGACUUCACCUCUCCAGUCUGUGAGAUUAUUAGCGUAAAUGCUAACUGCUCAGGCAACUGUAGCCUGUCCUCAUGGGAGCUCUCAGCCAACCUAACCGAUGGAAAUGGGACGGGUAUCAUCUCUGUGACUCUGCGUCAGGGCCUUGGAACCCUCAACACUACCACCAUAAUCAGGGAUGGAGGUGUGAACGUCACCCUUGCAUUCUACAGCGCCUCUUGUUGUUCUGAAAUAAUGGAACUGGUUGCUGUAGACAGAGCUGGAAAUGUUGGCAUAUGCUCAAGAUCAGUAACACCUGCUGUUACCACCUCCAUGUCUACCACUUCUACAACAAAAAGCAUGACUACAGCGACAACAACAACUAUAGCUACGACAACAGUAAUGGCAAAAACAACUAAUGCCACUAAUGCCACAACUAACAGUGCUGGAUGCCCUUUUUAUCCACCUAUCAGUUUUUGGGUUAGUGUGGGAGCCAUUUUGCUUUUCCAUCGAACUGUUUUAUUCUAGUUGACUUUAUACUAACAUUCUAUCACCCCUGCCAAACAGGCAGAGUCUGUGAUUUGACUUUUGCAGUUGAUUGAUGCAUUGAUUAAUAAAAGUUUAUCAAUACUUGGUGA